AUGUUCGACAUUAUUAUCAAUGUCGCAUUCUGCGUCUCCAGUUUGCUGACAGUGUUGAUCUUGCUACUUCCAUCGCAAUAUGAUCCUCGUCCUCCCAACUCCGGGGAAACCUCAUCUCGUCCGAAGACAAGUGUACAGAUCCUUGUGCUAGGAGACAUUGGGCAUAGUCCACGUAUGCAAUAUCAUGCCUUGAGUAUUGCUAAAAAUGGUGGAAAAGUGGUGAUUAUUGGAUACAAAGAGUCCGACCCUCAUCCUGACUUAAUCUCCCACCCAAACAUCUCAAUUGUUCCAAUUCAACCUCCUCCGGCAAUUCUACAAACGAAGAACAAAUUACUUUUCCUUAUUUAUGGACCCCUGAAGGUGUUGUUUCAGGUUGUAUGCCUAUGGCGUUGUCUAGCAUACACUGCCCCGCCAUCGCGCUGGCUGUUAGUACAGAAUCCUCCUUCAAUUCCAUCACUAGCAGUGGCCUCGCUGUCUUGCUUCCUGCGACAAACACGACUUGUUAUCGAUUGGCAUAAUUUCGGAUACUCCAUUCUGGCCUUGAAACUGGGCCCCACACAUCCCCUCGUGAGAAUAUCUUUAAUGUAUGAGAAGCUGCUCUGUAAGUACGCAUUCGCGCAUUUCUGUGUCACCGAUGCAAUGCGCUCGGUCCUCCAGCGCGAUUUCCAGCUGCAAGCUCCCAUUUUGCCUCUGCAUGACCGCCCUGCCAGCCACUUCAGCCCAAUUCCAGACCCUGCCACGCGCAUCGACUUUUUAAAACAGCUCCCCGAAGCAAAAGAUAUGAGUUCGUCCAUAGAGAAAGGGAACACGCGGGUAUUGGUUAGCUCGACGUCAUGGACCCCAGAUGAGGACUUCUCGGUUCUUAUUGAGGCAUUGUUGCAGUACUCGAAACUUGCAACCUCAAAUCCCAACAUCCCAGGGAUCCUGGCUAUUAUCACCGGGAAGGGUCCUCAAAAGGAGAUGUAUCUCCAGAGAAUUGCGAGCCUCCAAAGUGCGGGCAAACUUAAGAAGAUAACCAUUCGUACCGUAUGGCUGAGCAUGUCGGACUAUGCAAAGCUCUUGGCUUCUGCAUCGCUAGGAGUGAGUCUGCACACCAGCAGUAGUGGAGUAGACCUUCCAAUGAAGGUUGUCGAUAUGUUUGGUGCUGGCCUGCCAGUCGUAGGCUGGAGCCGUUUCAAGGCAUGGCCGGAGCUGGUUACCGAGGGUGUGAAUGGUAUGGGAUUUGGCUGUGCAGAUGAGCUAUCAAAACAACUGGUCGAAUUAUUCGGCGACAGUAAAAAGCUUGAAACUCUUCGAGUGGGUGCGCAGAAGGAGAGCACUCGACGAUGGGAUGAUGAAUGGAACCCCAUCGCAGGCAAGCUACUUGGCUUAAGCUAA